UAAUUGAAUAAUAUUCUCUGAUAUUCACGUAGUGUUUAUUUCAUCAUCUUUAACAACUUUUAUCAACAAAUAAUGGAAAAUGAACAGUGGAAGAAGGAUGUUAAGUUGUUGGACAGGGUGGAGAGCAAUCAUUCACAAACACCUGUGUUCUAUAAAAAUAAACAUCUUGCUUUAGGCCUGAUUUAUUUAUCACUAGAUGAAUUGACUUCAAUAUACCAUAUCACAGAAUCUCAUGCUCCAGGUUUUCGAUACCAAGCCUCAUUAUUAUAUGAAAAGUCAAUUCAAGAGACUGACCACCAAAUCUUACCAUUAAUGAAGGAAAACUUUGACGUUAAUUGCUGUAACAAAGCUAUAGAUGAGAAUAUCCAAAAGAUGUUGGAGAAGGUUGAGGAAAUGCCUAAAGAAUGGACUUUAGUCCAGUUAACACCAGUUUUUAAUCCACAAGAAAGUAAUAAUAUAAAUCCAAGCAAUGUUUACACUAAUCCCUUGCACAUCACAAUCUUCAACUGCGGACAAAAUAAAUCAAAUCCAAUUACUGUGUGUGUUGAUGCACCUAGAGAUAAUGAUGAUAAUGUAAUAAAUGUUAUGGAUAUGAUGUCAAAGUUGAUUAGUGGACAGAAUAAUGAGUAUAAGAAGUUCAAAGAUUUCAAGAAGAAUAAGAGCAGUUACAUUGAGCAUAGGAGAAGAAUUAAUACAGAGAUGCAGAACAUUGUUAAAGUCGUCCAAACCAAGUGGCUGAAAGAGUGGAGGGCGUUGUUAAUUGGUAAAUACGAGAAUCCAGAAAUCGAAGAUGAACUUAAUAAUAUGUUGAGCUUCUUAUUGAAGCAAAAUAAUUUACAUAUUGCCAUAAACGAAAGGAGCCGAAUUCUAAUGAAGCAAAUUAUUAAGGGUCAUUCGUUCAUGGAUUUGAUACAUCUCAAAAAGGCAAUACAGUACGCUCUGCCGGACAUCAGUUCUGAUCAGUGCAUAGGAAUAACGAAAACAUUGAAUCAAAUCAUGCUGAAGAAGAACAUAUUCCACGGGGAAAAGCGGCAUCCUGUUAUUAUUGUUGUACACGAGGCAAUCGAUAAAAUCCCGUGGGAGAUGAUUGAUGUCCUAGCUGAUCAUCCGGUUUGUCGCAUGCAGUCGCUGCACUUUACAUACGCCUUAUACAAAGAACACGAGCACGACAUACAGAAUGGUUGGAAGAUCAUAUCCAAUCCCAUCAAGGGUUCCUACAUUCUGAAUCCUAGUUUGGAUCUGAUGAACAUGGAAGUACGGUUGAAAAGUUUCUUCAGCUACUGGUUGCCAAAGUGGAACUACAUCAUCGGAAAAAAACCCACGAGCGACGAAUUUCUGAGUAUACUGAGCGAAUCCGAUAUAUUUUGUUACAAUGGCCACGGGGACGGCUUCCAAUUCUUAAGCGAAUCCCGGUUGAAAAAGUUACGAAUCAACGCUGUUGUCUUGCUCUUCGGAUGCGGCAGCGUAAAGUUGGAUGCUGUUGGUGCAGAGUUGGAACCGACUGGGACUAGUCAAAACUACAUAACCGCUUGCAGUCCGUGUACAGUUGGAAUGCUGUGGAGCGUCACCGAUACCGACACCGAUAUACUAUCGACAGAUUUUUUGAGCCGCUGGAUCCCAUCGAAGGCGAAAGUGCAUUGGAGGAAUUUGGACAGGAAGGCUUGGGAGUUAGCGGUCGAAACAAACAUAUCUAACUUGCAAAAGAACGAUGAGAAAGUUACACAUCAAGUGUCCGAGUUGCUGACCGCUCUUGUCAAAUCUAAGAAAGCCGCCAAUCAGUAUAUUACGCAAGCAGCGUGCGUGGCGCGCGGCAUCCCAGUUAAACUAAAAUACUAAUUUUCUUUUCAAACUUGU